AUGGACUACCUUAAACAGGACCUAGAUAAAUUCCCUUCAACAUUUGUCAUUGAUACGACAAAUCUGAACAAGGACCGUGUUAGUAGUACAAUUCAAAAAUUAAAUGAUGAUAGAGAAAAUACCGUAAAACUGGAAGCUGAAUCUAUAAACAUUACAAACUUUCUAUCAUAUUUGCAUUUUCUUUUGAAAGAAGAUCAACAAGCCCUUGACCUUGUUGAAGAAUCGCUGGUAAAGGAUCCUGAAAAUAUCAUUGCAUAUACAAACAAAGCCAGAAUCCUGCUGGAACAUGAGGAGAUCUCUGAGGUAGAAAAUAUUCUAACGAAACUUCAUGCGUUGGAAAAAAGACAGGAUUACGAUAGGAGGAAAUGUUCUGCUGAAGCGGACCUUGCAUACGCAUAUUCGCGGAUAGGUCCUUGGUACCAACAAAAGGCUAUAGAGAUAUACGAACGAGUUGUACACCAGUACCCAUCGGAAUACUCUUGGAAGUUCGGAUUUGGUAUGACUUUGAUGAGACGAACCCACAUAUUUAUUUCACAGGCAGACAACAAGUUUGACUCAAAACAACAGGAAACGUUAACGGUACAUGCUGCCGAGUUGUUGCAUGACGUUGCAACAAAAUCAGACGAACCUCUGUUACGUGCUCAAGCCUAUGCAAUGCUUGGUAAAAUUCUAUUUAACAUUUCAAAAUGCUUGUACAAGAAUAUACCACACACCAUAAAGUUGUUAAACUAUAAAACAUGUCUUGAAAAUGCAGUAAAAGAAUUUCCAGAAGACCCGUGGGUGCUGCAAAUAUGUGGCCAAUAUGCGCGUUACAGUGGAGAAUUAGACAGGUCUGAAGAACUUCUUCGGCUUGCAAUUCAAAUCCACCCGACUUGUCAAGGAUACCAUCAUCUUGCCCUGACACUGAAGAGGAAGGUAGAAAAGUGUGGACACCGCAAAGACAACCUUAAACUGGGAGCCUCUAAAACAGGGCGGGGUAGUUACGGUGAUAGACAAAGGAAGACAGAAGACACAAGAUAUAUCUACAUAGGAAAGUUUCGCACGGUAGGGCGAUUUCAAGGAAAGAAGAAAGAACACAAUCUUCGAGCAAUGAUCAAUUCACCGUUGAAGGUUCAAGUUGUCCCCGAAAAUGAACUGCUUCUUGAGGCAAUACAUCUGCUGGAGAAAACCGAACAACUUGACCCUUAUGCCCUGACUAUACAAUACGAUAAGGGAAUCAUAUAUAGAAUGCUGGGUCAGGUCGAAGAAGCUGUCAAGGUUUUCAAACGAUUACUCAGCAAAAAGAAUUUUUUCUCUACAGAGACUCAAUUCACGAAUGUAUAUGAACAGCUAGGACUUUGUCUGCUAGAAAUGAGUGAAUCGGACGAAGUACUCCCCAGCGUUAAAGAAAAACUCCAGAAAGAUGGUUAUUGUCAUCUCUCACACGCUCUUCAACUUCAAUCACAAAUAGUAGCAAACGAUCAGCAAUUCAAAAAGGUAUGGAACUCUUAUGCAACACUUCAGGAACUUUUGAGUUGUGAUAGUGAUAGAAUGCCAAAACAACUGGCCGUUCUGCACAUGCUCAUGGGGGAUCACAAGGACGCAAUUGACAUAUACAGGGAGAUAUUCCGUACAGAGAAAGACAGAAUGGAGCCGGAAGACUGUACAAAUAUGCUUGAUUGCUACUUGAGACAGAAGCAGAUUGAAGAAUGCGUUACUCUUCUAAGCUCAUGGGAGUGUACAGCAGUAUUUCCGAGACUUCCUCCGUCUUUAAUCUUUGAUGUGUAUAUAGAUGGAGCAUUCCACGCUUACACAACGGACAAAACACAGCUUGCGUACAACCGUUUCAGAAAAGCCUUCAGAGUAUAUGGAAUGUUUGAGAACGCUGCUUACCAAGAAAAAGAUGUACUGAUACUGCACUCUUGUGCCGAGGAAAUGGCUUGCAAACUUCCAGAAAAUAUUUAUGGGAUUCUAGAAGACUUUGUCGGGUUACAUUGCACCAUCAAUACAAAUGACUUAAUACGCCAAGGGCCGGUAUCGACAAGGUGUCCAAUCAUUCCAGAUGCGUCCUGUGUCAUAAUCAUAAUCCAUGACAGUGCGGAGGGAAAUGAUAACAGGUUUGUCAAACAGGCUCUUGAGAUGAGUUCAAGGAAAGCUGGCCCAAAAGUUGUCAUUGUUUCCGACGACAAGUCCAAUGUUCCUGAUGCUGUAAAAUCCAAACCAUUUAUCCAAAUACCCCCUCCGUUAGAAGAUGUCAGGUAUCUGGAUGAUAAGAUCCCGGAAAAGUACGAAGAAUGGAUCAAAACAUUUGUCUACCUGCUCAAGCCAAACUAA